AUGUUUAACAAAAAUAACUUCUGCCUUUUGCUUUUGUUCUCUAUUUUCUCCCUCAACUUAAUCAUCAUCACACUAGCCUCAGACCCUGAUCCAGUUCAAGACUAUUGCAUACCAAACCAAACAUUUGAAUCCAUCAAAACACACCAUACCUUUCACACCAUUCUCCCAUGCAAAAACUCCUCACAAGUCACCACCAAUGACUUCAUCUUCUCCAACAUGAAAACAUCCGGAAACUUCGCAGAAACCGGCUUAUCCGUAAUACCUGCAAACCCUAUAAAUUUUCCAGGUCUCAACACACUCGGCAUGUCGUUCGCGAGAACAGAUAUUAAUGUCGGAGGAAUUAAUCCACCGCAUUUUCAUCCAAGAGCUACGGAACUUGUUCAUGUGAUUCGAGGAAAAGUUUAUACAGGUUUUGUUGAUUCUAACAAUAGGGUUUUUGCUAGAGUACUUGAACAAGGUGAGGUUAUGGUUUUUCCUAGAGGACUUAUUCAUUUUAUGAUGAACGUUGGCGAUGAAGUUGUUACGUUGUUUGGUAGUUUUAAUAGCCAGAAUCCGGGUUUGAUGAAAAUACCUUCUGCUGUGUUUGGUUGUGGGAUUGAUGAGGAGCUUUUGCAUAAGGCUUUUGGUUUGAGUUCUAAACAGAUUGGAACAAUGAAAAGAAAAUUAGAUCCAAAACAAGAAAGGUAG